AUGGAUACGAGCAAGUUGCAAACGGGUUGUCCCCUGCUGGAAGGCCACCGUAGCUCGUGUUUCAUACGGGUCUACCGUGCUCUUGCAAGCUGGUUCUUGGCUUAUCUGCUCAAGACAGGCUCUAUCCUCAUGGGUGAACUGCAUCUAAAGCGUCACUAUCGUUGUCAAGCCGCCGAAAUGGUCCAGAUUGACUGGAUAACAGCGGCGAGCAGAGGUUGCGGUGAGAAUUUGGCAGGAUAUCCAGACGUCAAGCCAACAAACAACCAAGACGCCAACAUGAACAGUUGCGAGAAACAUCCAGCCAAUCGCUUUGACUUGCGAGACGAAGUCAAGGAUUCGUAA